AUUACCUAAGUGUGUCAUUUAUAUUCGAACUAUUAAAGAGUGAAUACGUACAUCAAAUAAGAGGAUUGACAGGACUUGUUAAAUUGCUUGGAUUUGACAUCUUAGUUUUAAGGAAGAGCUUAAUUUACCAAAGCUUCAAACAGAUCCUACAAUGAGCCUGCUUCAUGACUGAGACAACUUCUACUGGUAUUGAGGUUGGGCUGAGAUGCGUACGGGGACCCGAUUGGAAAUGGGGGAACCAGGAUGAUGGGGAGGGGCAUGUCGGAACAGUCGUCGAGAUUGGGAAACAGGGGAGCACAACCUCCCCUGACAAGACAGUGGUGGUUCAGUGGGACACCGGAUCUCGGACAAACUACAGAGUUGGAUACCAGGGGGCAUAUGACCUGAGGAUCUUGGAUAACGCCCCUGUUGGUAUAAAGCACCAGAACAUUAUCUGUGAUGGCUGUAAGGGGCAGGGUAUACAAGGAAUGCGGUGGAAAUGUCUCAAGUGCCACGAUUACGAUCUCUGCACGACGUGUUAUAUGGCCGAUAAACAUGACCUGGCCCACUCCUUUCAGAGGUUUGAUACGGCCUCGUCCAAGGGCAUCAAAGUACCGAAGAGACGUGACAGUGUGAAGGCUGAGGCAAAGGGCACCUUCGCUCAUGCACGAGUUAUUCGAGGCCCAGACUGGGACUGGGGAAACCAGGAUGGUGGUGAAGGGAAGAUCGGAAAAGUCACAGAUGUGCGGGGUUGGGACAGUGAAUCAGGUCGGAGUGUAGCGGCCGUCACCUGGUCCUCUGGGUCCACGAACGUGUAUCGUGUGGGCCAUAAAGGAAAAGUGGACCUAAAAUACAUGCAGGCUGCCAGCGGAGGAUUCUAUUAUAAGGACCAUCUGCCUGUACUGGGUGAAAUAUCGGAGAUGGUGACACACCCAGGAAUUUCUCACCAUUUCAAGGUUGGGGACAAAGUCAGGGUCGGCCUGGAGGUGGACAUAUUGAGGAUGAUGCAGGAGGGGCAUGGAGGAUGGAACCCUCGAAUGGCUGAUUAUGUGGGUAAGGUGGGAACAGUCCACCGGAUCACAGAGCGAGGGGAUGUCAGGGUGCAAUAUGAGGGAUGUCAAAAUAGAUGGACGUUUCACCCUGGUGCACUCACCAAGGUACAUGUACAAAUGUUAUCAGUGGGAGACGCAGUGCGUGUGCUCGACAAUCUACCACGUGUGAAGGAGCUACAGAAGGGACAUGGGGAGUGGAAUGAUUCCAUGAAGGCGACCCUCGGAAAGAAUGGCCGAGUCCUCAAAGUCUACACAGAUGGAGAUCUCCGCGUUGCCAUCGGAAACUCAACAUGGACAUUCAACCCCUUGUGCGUUAGCCAGAUACCACCCAACGAGCUGACAGCAUUAAAUAACACCAUGGGGCACAAUGAACGAGAGGAAAUGCAGAAUUCCCUGGCCAACCUUCUUGACCAGCUGGCAGAGCUACAUCAGACUGAGGCUGGUCCUGAAAGGUUGUGUAGGGAAGCCGCCCAGGGUCAUAUUGAAGUGGUCAAAGACAUUAUUAAUAAAUUCCCUGACAAGGUCGAUCUGAAGAAUGGUCAAAAGACGGCCUUGCAGGUGGCUAGUCAUCAAGGUCACAAGGACAUUGUCCAGUUACUUCUGAAUGCAGGAGCUAACCUUGAAAUGCAAGACGAAGAUGGUGACACUGCUUUGCAUUAUUCUGCUUUCGGAAACCAGGCUGAAGUUAUGGAACUUCUGUUACAAUGGAAGGCAAAAAUGAACGCAUUGAAUAAUGGAGAAUGUUCAACGCUGCAUGUAGCAGUCAACAAGCAACAUAUUGACUGUGUUAGAGUCUUAUUGGCUCAUCGUGCAGAUGUUAAUAUACAGGAUGCCUAUGGUGACACAGCUCUACACGAUGCUAUCGGAAAGGAGAACAUGGACAUUCUCGAUCUGCUGGUGAACUACCAUGGCAUUGACUUUAACCUGAGAAACAAGCGGGGAUUUAACGUCCUGCAUCAUGCUGCGCUGAAGGGGAAUAACUAUGCAACAGAGCGUAUCCUACAGAAAAGCCGGCAGAUCGUAGAUAGAAAGAAAGAUGAUGGCUUUGCUCCGCUUCAUUUGGCAUCUCUGAAUGGACAUAGGGAUGUCAGCAAUACCCUCCUCACUGUUGGCCAUGCUAGUAUAGACAUCCGUAACAAUCGUCAGCAGACACCACUGCUACUAGCUGUAAGUCAAGGCCACAUUGGGCUUAUGGAUCUACUCGUAUCACAAGGUGCGGACGUAAACGUCGAAGAUGAAGAUGGUGACACAUGUUUACACCUUGGCCUGAUACGCACCUCGGUCACUGCAGAACAGGAGGAUAACCCUAUACUGGAACAUAUCCGUGUGCAGCUGGACCCUGAGGUCCGUGACAUGCCUGGAGUCCUGAUUGCCUGCUACCUCGCGCAGAAAGGGGCUAACCUGAACAAGAAAAAUCAUAUGGGCAAGGCGCCACUAGAUUUGAUAACUGACCCUCGUAUUGAAGAGGCCAUCAAACAUUUCGCAACUGCUAAUCGCCGUACCGAGUUUCCACGUACAGAUGUUAUGUGUGAGAUCUGUAUGGAUCAACGAGCGUCUGUGAUGUUCAAACCAUGUCAGCACGUUGUUGUGUGCAAGGACUGCUGUGUGAAGAUCAAGAAAUGUAUCGAGUGUAAAUCAACUGUCAAGGAGAAGAUUGAUCAAGACGGUAACCCAGUAGUAGGGACAGAGCCCCCUAUUCCACCAAGCAGUAAACCCGAGCCCAAUGGGUCAACGCUCGAGAGACGCCUUAAUGAGAUGGAAGAAAACAUCAUGUGUUCGAUCUGCAUGGAGCGUAAACGGAACAUGGCGUUCCUGUGUGGACACACCGUGUGUAGCGAGUGCGGGGAUGAGCUGAGGGUGUGUCACAUGUGUAGAAAACCAAUACAGAAAAAGAUUCAGCUGUAUUCAUGAGUGAUUAGUGAUUAGAUUUUGUUGGAUUUGUGGAAAUACAUGAUUGAUAGACUCUUUCUGAGCUGUUAGUUUGAUACAUUACAACGUGUUGGAUUGUAAUGUGAAAAAGGAUUUCUGUUUGAAAUGGGUUUGGCUUAAACAAAUGAAAACUGAUACAUUUGUGAGCAAAGAAAUAGUGGUUUGAAGAUCUUGAAGUCCUGGAAACGGCAUUUCAUAAAUGCUAUUAAGACUGUUCAAGUUUGAUCAGCUGUAUUGGAUUGUUGUUUUGUGCUUGUUAUUGGGUAUUUUGUCUCUUGCAACAUGUGCACCAAGUUAACAGUGCAAAGAAUGAUCUUGUUAGUUUAUUAGUUUUUGAAGGAUGAAGUUCAGUUAUUGUCAUAGCCUUCAUGACGUUGCCUCAAUCUUGGCAAUAAUAAAAACAAAUUCAUUGCAUUUACAUGAAACUUGGCCCACACGUUGCAUUAGACAUCACACAGCUAAGCAAGAAAAAACAACAACAAUUAACAAGCUUUGGUGUUCCACAGUGCUUUUGUCUAUGAUAUUGUGUAAAGUAAGAAUGGAGUUAGAAAUAUAUAGUGUGGUGGAGUUGGAAACUUGAAAAGAAAGCAUUCAAAUCAAAGUUGAUGUGAAAGAGACACAUUUUUGAUGAGAAAGUUGUUUACCAAAACAUUGUUUGAGCGUAUGAACCUUAAUGAAGAAUCUGGAGAAAAGUUAUUUAUUUUGUUACACAGAACAUUAUGGGGUUCAGCUACCGGGAACUGUUUUGUAAAAGCUUUUCUACAUGUUAUUGACAGUGGUAUGAACUACUGAUGUUAUUGCUGUUAUUUCGUUGAUUUCAAUUUUCCGGUGUUUUCUUAACUGCAUUUACAAGAGUUUAACAGUGCAUCGUUACAACAACAGAUGUAUAUAUAUUAUGACGCAUUCAGCUUUUGCUUUGGGAGACUGUAUCAAAAAUUGAAAAAGAAACAAGUUAAUUAUGUAAUGUGAAAUUUAUGUAUAUUUUGUAAAAAUAAUGAUGUCAAGUAGAUGAAAUCUAGUUUAAACAUUGCAUACAUUCACACUGUUUGUACGAAGGUUUCUGACCCACAUGUAUGUUAAUUUUGGAUGCCUAGCGACCCAAUAUUAUUUUGAUAUUAUUUAAAAGGGUUCUAUUUGCAGGAAAAGGAUAUGUAUAAAAUAGACACAGAAUAAUAUAUAAUGAACAAGAUUUUAUUUUUGUCUCAAAAGGUUGCAAGAUGUCCGAAUUCAGUUUGUUUUUAAUUAAAUAGCAAAUAUUUAAACUGCUGUAACUUUAUUUAGAAUACAACCUACAUUUACAGCCAAUGAAAUUGCAGAUUAAGGCAUAUUCGCGUUGCAAAUUUUCCCAAAAUAUCUAGGGUCUUUUUCCCAAAAUGAGCAGAAAAAGCCCGACUUUUCAAAUUAUAACAACAUGACAUGGGUUCACCAGGGAUCUAAAUAUAACAUGUAUGGUUGAUGGAGCUUACAGUGAACUAGCUUAUUUGCGUGUCGGAUUCCGUGAAACAAGACUGUUUCAUGUAACCAGUAUAUUAAUAACUAUGAUAUACCUCUCCAUAUUUCAUGAAUAUUAUUAUAUUAGUUACAUUUUUGUUACGUAAUUUACCCACCCACUAAACUCAGAGGCAUUUUAUUGUUUUAGGGCAACUUUGCUUUAAACAAGGAAUUUAUAGCUUGUCAACUUUUCAGAAGGAAAACUAUUAAAUAGUGAUGUCAAAUUUACUGCUCAAGAUAUUAAAAAACGCUUGAUACAAUGUUUUUUUUUAUGUAUGUUAAGCAUUUGGAAUGGGGCCAAAUUCCGGACCCAAAUUGGUCAGAACAAACAAACUGUUCUUCCUUUUAAGUAUUUGUUAUUGUUUAUUUUUGCUUUUUCUAAACCAUGGAUGUUAGCCGGGCGCAGUCAGGCUGCCGAUUUAAUUGUUUGGUAUCGUAAAAAUAAAUAAUGAUUAACUUAGUGUUGGCAGGAGUGUCUCUGAAUAUAGCUGAAUAACUGCCUUUAUUAAACCAAUUAAUGACAAGAUGGAAUGUUGCUGUCGCUUUCGUCUGAAGCUUUUUAUACGAUUACAUCAGAAACCUUCCGGCAAACUCAUGGGCAGAAACAUAAGCAUAAACACCAAGUCAGUCAUCAUUAUUAUUGCGUGUUGACAUUUAUUUCUUAAACAGGCUGUUUAUUUGACAUUAAUUAUGUCUUCUUUUAAUUCAGGAUGUUUUUCGGACAGAUUGUUUUUAAAUGGCAUCCUUCUUUCCCAGUAUUACCUAUUUUCAUAAAUGUUCCUGUCUUUUUCCCGUUUAAUAUUGAUUCAUUAUUGUUUUGUUUUGCAGUGCUAUGUGUUUCUAAGACCCCAUGUUUUAUUUAUACCCUGACAUGUGCUAACAUUGUACAUUUUAUUUAUAGACUAUAUGGAAUAAAACGUUGUUAUAACUUUUGUAAGCUAUAAAUAGAUGUAGGGGGAAAUGGUGUAAGGGUCUUGAGGACAUUAAAAAUAGAAUUAAUUUUGUACAGUUAUUGCAGUCUACUUACUUAUGUUGCAUAUACCAUUCGUAGGCUUCAAAUGCUAGGGUUUAAUCCUGAACUCAGAAUUGAGUGAUUUUAACUUCAGACACAGUUGUAAGGAUUGUUUUUUGCUAGGUCAUUUGAAUCAAAAGCAGUAUCAGGCGCGUUGCUGACUGUAUGCAAAUACCCAGUUGCGUAAUGAAAUUUUGACAGGUCGUAGGUUUUUGUCAAAACAAAAACCCUGAAUUUGAAAUAAAAACCGAAGGGGGGUCGGGGGUGAAGGGGUUAAUAUAUAUGCUGUCUGUCAUCAGUCUGCGUCAUCCCAAAUUGGCCCUAGCUAUGCGCCUGAGUAUGAAGUACCUUGAAAUGAAUAUAAAUGAUUUUGGAAACAAUUUCAAAAGGGGCCAAAGGCCAAAACCCCUUCACCCUGCUUUGGUACGAUUGUCUCAUUCUCGAACAAACCUCUGGCUAUUUUUCAGGAUUUGCAAUUAUCGGUUGUCAGAACCCCUGGGGCUGUAUUUAUAAAGCAUCUUAAGUCAUUUUCUAACUUAAGUCAAUUUUUUAAAACUUUCAUGGUCAAAUUAAAAGAAAUGUUGAAGUAUUUUUAACGCAAGUACGUCUUUUUCAAAAAGGUCAAUGAAAAUAAUGUAUUUUGGAAAUUCAGAAAGUUUGGGAAAUUUGUAAAGUUUUUAUUUCAUAUGACUAAAGAGAUACUAAAAUUAGAGAAGUCACUUAAUAUAAGAAGUUACCCUAAGAAGUUUUAUGAAUAUAGCCCCUGACCAUUGAACAUGGCCUAUAUAACAAUAGAUUGUUAUUAUUUUGUUACAAGGAUUUUAUUUUUUCAUUAUGAGUCAUGAUAUUUAAAAAUGCACAAAAUAAUGUAUGAAAAGCUGAUCAUUAUCAUGUUGUCGCUAAAACAUUUUGUCGGAAAAAGAGAAGGAAAAUGGCAAAAAAUGGAAUCUCCCAAAUUGUAUGGAAUGUACAGCACUUAAGUAAAUCUGUGAUCUGUUAAGUUUUUCUGCGUUUUUUUCAACAUUUGGUGUGCUGAUUGUUUUGCAACACUUAGUUUUUCUUGUUUCGUAAAACAAUUUAGAAUUUGACGGUGUAAUUAACUAAAUUCUCAUCUGUAUUGUAAUGUAAUGAAAAUGAUAAUUUUAUUUUGCCUGUUCGGUACAUUUUUGUUUGCCAAAAUUAGAGAAACUAGAAUAUAAUUUGGUGUGACCUUAGAUCAAUGCUGUAAAGUGUUCACUUGUUUAACUUCUUGUGUGGUUUCUAGAAUGAUGUGUGUUUUGUGCCCGUUUUCAUUCAAGUAUGUUUAAGAUGUUCAAUACAAGUUAUUGGAACGUUAAUCUUCAGAAUUUCAAAAUACAUGUGACAUCAUUAGCUGAAAGGAGCCCUAGGGAUGCAGUUACAAUAUAGAAAUGAACCAAAGGUGUAUCAACAUUAUCGGAUAGAGAAAAUUGAUCUUAUGACAAUGUGUAAAAUUUAAUAAGGGGUAAUAUUUAAGGUAGUUCACUAUUCAGAGGUUUCCAUGAGAAAGAGGUGUUGAAACAUUGAGGCUCAUCAACACUGUCUGCAAAUAAGAUUUUAGAGCAAUUAUAACAUAAUGCUAGGUAGGCUUUCAAGAUUUCCACAUGUUUGGAAGAUAUCUUGUAAACUUCUUGAUCUUAUCAUAAACUAGAGUCCGUAACAUACCUUUGGGGCUUGCCAUUUGAAUAAAUGAGAUCAAAAGAAGAAGAAAUAACCUAGAUUUAGGACAAGCUCUCAGUAGUAAGUUACAUUAAAUGAAGUUCGCAAUAACAAUGAUUAUCUGGUAUGGGCCGGUUAUGUGUAUUUAUAAAUGAGGGUGUAACCCCAAUAUUGGAAUGCAGUAUUUGGGGGCUUAUAUCUUGAACACUUCAGUCUAAGAGGAUGGUAUGCAGAACGCAGAAACUCCAAAUUGAUAUUAUUCGUUAUGCAGACUCAUAAAAAUAUUUCAAUUUCAUUUGUUAGUUGUCAUAUUAUGGUAGAAGUGAAAAAAUAUUGGGUACGCGUAAAAAAGUAUUUGGUACACAGGCGAUGAAGGGGUUUACACCCAUUGUACACAGGGGAGAAGGGGUGAGGGUGGACAAGGGGGUUUACACCCUCAUAAAUGUACUAGUCUGUGAUAUAUAUAUAUAUAUUAAUAUACGUAUAAGAAAUGUACAUAUUACUAACUACAGUAAACAGUGCUAUGAAUAAAAUGCUGCUAGAAAAAUAUUGUCAAAAUGUUGCUGACACAAAUGAAUUGUUGAAUGGAUGUUUAAAAAUUACUAUUUUGAAUAUAACAUUACCUGUUUAAAUGAUCAAUUUCGGGUUCUUGGAAAAUUAUAAUUAAUAUUGUGAAGUUAAUGGUUGAUACCUGUCAGUUAUUGACUGGCUUUACAAAUGUCUAAGUUAUUAUUGAUUUUUAUGUAAAUUUUAUUGUAUAGUUUCAUAGGAAUUUUUGUACUUCGAUAUCAUACAAUUUGCAUGCAAAAAUCAUACUUAUAAACUUCAAGCGUUUAUCUGUACAGUGUGUUAAGAUAACAAUGUAUUUUGUAGGUCACAUUCAUGAGUUUGAAUGCUUACUGAAAUAAAUGUUUACAGCA